AUGGCGGACAGCGGCUCGGUGCCAGCUACGUCAGCCACAGCGACGACGCCGCUGGUAGCCGAGACGACCGAAAGGCAGGUUUCUGGCAGCGAGCAGCCUGCAGCAGCCACUGUCCCUGCCGGCACAGGCGGCAGCGACACGGCGCCGGCACCGGUGACUGCGUACGGGACAGUUUCCGAGCUCGUCGAGAUCACCAACUGCACCCAGCAGGCUGCGCUGGAGGCCUUGAAAGCCUGCGAAUACGACCUGACGAGGGCCUGCAACAAAAUCUUCGCCGCCAGGGAAGAAGCAUCGCAAGUUCUGAGGCAGCGCGGUGCUCCAGCACAGGCGCCGGUCGCAACCUUCGUCCCAGCGAUGGGCACUGGUGGACUGCCCAACCUUGCCGGCACCGGUGUAACAGCUCCUCUUCUAGCACCGACGACGGCGACGGCCCUAGGCACUACCUAUUCCGUCCAACCCCAGAGGCCCCAGCAUGAAAGCAACCCCGUCGCCGCCUUUGUCCUCGGUUCGGGUGUCGGUUGCCUCUCGGGGAUUGUCGUCGGCCUUUGUGCAACCCUCUUUUGA